UUGUUACUGUGGAAACCAAUGAGAUUUGUGAGUGUGGUCCAACAGAUGCUCAGUUAGCCACAUCUGCUAACCCAAAACCGAUAGUUUUUUGCGGUCACGUUAUCGAAAAUGCACAUAAAGCGGAGCUGCUUUCACUUGACUUCAGCGGAGUAAAACCCCUCAGGUUGCUGGGUGACUCAGUGGGUCUUUGCCAAGGAUUUUCCACAUGCUUUGUCCCUGACUUGCAAGGAAGUGCCCUUACAUGCACAUACAAACACAUGUGCACAUACGCACACACGCAAACACACAUACACAAACACUGUCUUCUGCUGAGCCACACUCUCACAAUCCAAACACUGCAUGCACACCAGGUCCAACACACUCUGACCAGCCACAGCAAACACAUUCACAGACCUAUUCCAACUUUUCUCACAGCGUACCACAAACACAGCUACUGGAGCAACUAAUUCAGCUACUAACACACAUUGACACACCCCUGCUCCCACUUCUUCUGCUCCUCCCACAUACCUCUGGAACUGCGCACAACUUUUUUGCCUUUCCUGAAUUUUGAAAUUGUGCAAGCCACAGUGAGGAACACCAGCACUCUACCACUGUGCUACUCAGCCGUGCCACAUGAUGAUGGCCACUUGAUAAAAUGUAUGGAAUAUAUUUUUUCUGCAUCCCUUUUUGUAUGCCAUUAUCUCAUGGUAAUGAUUACUCCUGCCUCCCCCUCAAGCCCAGAAGAUUCUGACCAGCAGAGAUGUUCACUGAUUUAUCUUUCUGGAUAUCUUCAGCUUGUCUUACACAGUGAGUGAUCAAGAUGAAAACCAUGGACAUUAAGUGUUUUUUAUUAUACAGUAACAAGUACAGCUCUGCGAACAUAUAUAAUAAAUAAGUAAAAAAUACUAUAUGAUAGUUGCACUAAGUGGUAUUUAUUGAAGUAUACCACCCUUCCUUCAAAAUAAAUGGCUCCUCUGAAGCCAAACCAUAAUGUAAUGGGAGAUGAGGCAGAGGAGAGUGAGGCUUCAGGCUUCCCGGAGAAGAAGAAACCCAAGGAAGAAGCAGAAGGGAGUGAGAGUGAGAAGGAGAUAGAGGAGGUCAGCAGAGUUGUGCACAUCCCUCUGCAUCGCUGGGUAAUGCACGGAGCGGUGAUGUUUGGACGGGAGUUCUGCUAUGCCAUGGAGACAGCCCUGGUUUUGCCGGUGCUGCUGCAAAUAGUGGAGACUACCCUUCAGUUGAAAUUUCCAUUCACUCUGAGUGAGAGGUCUUCCUGAGCAAUAUUACAGCUUGACCUGGUUCCUCAGUCCUAUCCUGGGUCUCGUCUUCACGCCUUUGAUUGGCUCGGCCAGUGACCGAUGUACUCUGCGAUGGGGGAAGAGAAGACCAUUCAUUCUGGCCCUGUGUGUAGGUGUGAUGCUGGGAGUGGCACUGUUUUUAAAUGGAUCAUUAAUAGGCCUUUCCGUUGGCGAUAGUCCCGGCAGCCAGACGAUUGGCAUCGUCCUCACUGUGUUGGGUGUGGUUGUGCUUGACUUCUGUGCUGACGCCUCUGAGGGACCAAUCAGAGCUUACCUUCUUGAUGUUGCUGACUCCGAGGAGCAAGAUAUGGCCCUGAAUAUUCACGCAUUUUCUGCUGGGCUCGGCGGAGCAGUAGGCUACAUGCUGGGUGGUCUGGACUGGACUGGCACAGCUCUGGGCCGAGCAUUUAAAUCCCAGGAGCAGGUGCUCUUCCUGUUUGCAAGUGUCAUCUUCAUUGUAUCUGUCACACUACACAUGCUCAGUAUCCCUGAGCAACCCUUCUCUCCAUCCAACCUGCUCAGAGUUGAAGAAAGUGGGGAGUCCACCAGCCACUUGUCUCUCAAGCCUGUUGGCCACACGCUGCCUUCAUUGGAUGUGAUUGCAGAGGAAGACAUUUCUGCCCCCCUGUCCCGUGAAGAUAACGAAUCAGAUCCUGAGGAGGGAGAAAUGGACUUCCUUGCUGUGGAGCGAGUGCGGAGUAAAAGCGAUUCAGUGUUAGCCAUGCCAGACGCCACUAUCGAGAUGGAUGCAGACCUCUACCCAGAUGGACAACUUUUCCUGCCAGAAGAGCAUCACUUUCUACCACAGACGCAGGGGGGGCUCGAAGAUGUUUUCAAGCCAUCAGACAGCAGCAUUGAGUCUCCCUCUGCUGGAAUACCCGCUGUUAAUGACAGGAUGGUUGCCUCAGAGCCUCAAAAUCCAGCUAAGCCUGAGCUUAAGGGGCCAACAAACGGUGCCUCACUUUUCAGUUCUGGCUCUAAGGGAUCGCAUCUAAAAACACAGGUCAAGGCUGCCAAUGGUGUCAGUGUGGACCACUCUAAUGCAAUGAAAGGCCAUGCCUCCACCAGGCUAGUAAUCCGCCCCUCCAGCACCUCAGUAUCAUCACGACGACCCACCUUCUACAGACAACCCUCCUUCACCUUCUCUUACUAUGGACGAGUGGGAUCACAGCGUUAUCGACUACGACGCACAACAGCACCUUCGAGCCCCGGGCCCAUCACCACCUCCCGCAGUCUGAAUGAUCUGAGUGACCUCCAGCGGCGUGCAGACAGGCGUGAGUUGCAGCUGUCAGCCAGCAGUCUGUCAUCUGAGGGCUCCAGCAGUGAGGAAGGACCAGACAGGGGUACAACUGUUCGACUGCUCUGGUUAUCCAUGUUGAGGAUGCCGAGGCAGCUGUGGAGAUUGUGUCUGUGUCACCUCCUCACAUGGUUCUCAUAUAUAGCGGAAGCUGUGUUUUAUACAGAUUUUAUGGGACAAGUCAUCUACCAUGGAGACCCUCAGGCUCCAGCUAAUUCCACAGAGCUACAAAACUACAACAGAGGAGUACAAAUGGGCUGCUGGGGACUGGUUGUGUAUGCUGCCACUGCUGCUCUCUGCUCUGCAAUCCUCCAGAAAUACCUGGAUAAUUUUGAUCUGAGCAUUAAGGUUAUCUACAUUGUUGGAACACUGGGAUUUACAAUAGGAACUGCUAUCAUGGCCAUCUUCCCAAAUGUUUACGUUGCCAUGGUGAUGAUCAGUAGCAUGGGCAUCAUCUCCAUGAGUAUCUCCUACUGUCCCUAUGCAUUACUUGGGCAGUACCAUGAAAUCAAAGAGUACAUCCACCACAGUCCAGCAAAUACUAGAAGAGGUUUUGGUAUCGAUUGCGCUAUCUUAACCUGCCAGGUCUACAUCAGCCAGAUUUUGGUUGCAUCAGCCCUCGGAUCUGUGGUAGACGCAGUUGGCAGUGUGCGUGUCAUUCCUGCAUUGGCUUCUGGGAGCUCCUUCCUUGGCUUCCUUACUGCCUGUUUCCUCGUCAUUUAUCCUGAUGUGGAGCCCAGCAGCUCAGAGCAGGACCAGGGCUUGGUGGUUUUACCUGGAGUCUCAGGCCCAAAUGGAGAAAGGGCAAGUGACCAGAGGUUGGCUCUGCUGAACCUCACAGAUGAUGGAGAUGGUUUGAAGGAGACAAAGAAUCACUGUGUUGCCUGAACAUUAACAUGUAAGGAUUGCACAAGUUCAUCCUCACAAAGCUCAAGCUACUUGAGGGUUUGUAACGUUCAAUACUAGGGAAGAUGAUGAAAGAGGGAAAAUGGAUUUACAGAAAUCUUAAAUGGGAUAGAUCUGGAAGGAUCGUCUUCUUAGAUGGGGGACUGAAAAGAAAAAAAGUGAUCUUAAUUUUGGACUGUUUUCCUUAUCUUGUUGCUACCUCAAGACCAAAACAAAUAAUCGUUUGAAUGGUUAGAUGGAGAGACGUAAGCCAUUGAAACAAAAAGAGCCUCAUGACACUAACUUGGUUGGACUAUUGAAACAAAGGCUGCAUUUCCACCGCACAAACUUUGCCCAGGAAAUAGGAACCUCACAAGAAACUUAGUGCUUCAACGCAGGGAAGAGUUUCAGGUUCAUUAUUUUACCCACUUAGACCUGCUUCUUUCAUUCCAAAACAACAGGAAUUUGGGUGGAAUACUCGCAGCAUUUUAAUUAACCCACCAUUUUUAAAAAUCUGCAGGCUCAUUGUGCUUCAACACAUCAUCAUGGAGUUCCAGAAGAAAGUACAGAUAACAAAUAUCAUGGUUGUUGUAAAGUUGCAUGCAAAAUGACAUGUAACAUACUUCAUCAUAAAUCAGAUGACUCAUUUGCCUAAUCUUGACAGGUCUUUAAAAUGUGGGGAACACAGAGAACAUCAGCCUAAAGGAACCAUUUAGUUCCUUAAAAGUAAAUAUGACUUGACUACUGAAACUUGAAUACAGACCACUGAAACAAACGUAAGCCUUUAUUACAAAAAUGGGAAGCACACAGAGCACUUUGUGUCUCCCUUCUGAGAGGUACUGUCACACAAAUGCUGCCAAAUAAUGAAACAUGACAUUUUCCCUCAUAGAAGCUGCUCUGUAACUGCUUAAAGGACAAUCAUAAUGUUGUUCAGGUGUUACUUUUUGACUGAAUACAGAUGUAAAUAUUUGUUCCAGUCUGUUAAGAGAAUGUCUUGAUAUUAUAUUAUUUUAGAAGUGACAGCUGAAGCCUUCUGUAGUUGUUGUAGACAUUACAAAACAUUACAUUGUUUAAAUAUAACUUUUUUAAGUCACAUUUGAUGUUGAAACCUGUUCCAUAGCAUUCUGGUGUGCAGUUAGAAGCGCCCUUCAUACAAUGGCUGUGUCUCGCCUGUACAGAAAUGUACAAAUUCUACAAUUCUUUGCUCUGAUCGCCAUAUUCUCCUUUCAUGCCAGAAUAUACAUGUCAGGUCUCGGUCUCAGUGUGAUUUGUAUUGCAGAUUGGCAUUUGUUUUGCUUUCUAUUGCGUUAAUACAACAGGAUCUUUACAACGUACAUUCCAAAUACAGUUGAAAUAGGAAAUUACUUCACGAUGAGUGAUCGUAUGAUGAUUUGCAUUUCAAUCCAACAGCUUUAUAGAAAUGCUCUGUUGUUGGUAAAGGGAUUGAGGUCCCUGUUUGUACUGCACAUUAAAGGCCAAGUUACUGUCACUCAAAUUAGUUCAGUGUGCCAUCCUGUCAUUUGACAGUGGUAGAAAUCUGUCCAGCUGUACAGUAAGGACAGUUUUGAUGAGUAGCUCCUGUACUGCCAGCUUCCACUUUACCUCAGAAUGGGCACCAGCUUGGAGUCUGUAGAAGAUUAUUUUGACCAGGGAGCAGCAUGCAAGACAAUGUUUCGCAUAGUCUACCAUGUUUUAACAUAUUGGCAUUGUCAUAAACCUAGUGCAGUGCAUACAGUGUAAUAUUCUUAUUGAAGAUUAUUUCUUAAAUUUUCAUUAUUUUGUGAGUUGGGUUUAGUAUCACAUGGUCUGAAAGUGCUCCUGAAUCCUGGAAUGCUGCAUAUUGAAUGGUAGAGAGGGACACUUCUAUGCAAGGCCAAGGUCUGAUCUAUGCAAACUUAAACUUAAACCUUCAAGUGAAGCAGUUGCUUCAACUCAGAGGAAAUGCCACAUGUUAAAACAUUGCACAGAUUCUGUUUCACAGCACAAAGGGGUCCACUGGUACUUAUAAACUUAGGACUUGGUGGAGGGAAAGCAGUCUAUUGUUACUGCACCUUUUUAGAGACUUUGUUUAUAGGUAUUAGAGCAGUGCCAACAGUCUUUUUUUGGAUCUUGUAUCCUGCUAGCUGUGCCAUUGCUUUGCCUGUCAUGACAGAAAUGUGUCAUCUAUUGCUUUAACGCUGUCACUGAGGACUACAGCCUCAAGAUUUACACUGCCUCAUGUUCAAGUACUAAAAAUGAAACAUAAUUCUGUGGAUCUUUACAUCUAUUAUCAAAGUAUAUAUAUAAAAAUAAUUAAUUUAUCACAAAUUUCCUGUAAAAAAAAAUGUGUGUGACUCGGGUUGUGUUACUGUGAGCUUUUGGAAUUGUUCUCAGUUUGUUUUUGUUUUUUUUAAGGACCUUUUGACAAGGGGUUAGAGUGCAUUUUGUCAUUUUAAGAAGUUUUCCAAGUUAUAUGAGGCACUUUUGUAUCAUGACAAGUCCAGUAAAGUUUAGAAAUAUUCAUAUAUAACUUUUUUUUCUCCACACUUUUUCAGAGGAUUGUUCUUUUUUGACAGCUUCCAUCCCUCGUAAAUUAAUUCAGUUGCUCUAGUUGGGUUCAUUGAGUGAUUUAACUUUGCUGGUCUAAAUAUUUCACAGAUGUUUUCACCUCACCAAGAAGCCGUUCUGGUAGGAAUGAUCCAAUUUUAGUGCCAAUCUUAAAACAGUUCCUCCUGGGUGAAAUUAUUUAGAUUUUAUACAAAUGUUAAGACUUUAAAGUUGAUAUGUUUUGGUUUGAAAGUCAAUCACUGGCGUGUUUUUUUUUUUGCUGCUGUAAAACCUUUGUACAAUAGAGACAAGGUAUUUUUGUACCAAGUAUUUGAAAAAAGGCAAAUAAAUGCACCAUCAUGUGUA